AUGGCCUCCUCAGCCACCCAAUCACACAUCGCCGUCAUUGGAUCCCUGAACAUCGACUUCGUCACGUCCACCCCCCGUUGUCCCGGCGCCGGCGAAACCCUCACAGCAACCUCCCUCACCGUCACAGCAGGAGGUAAAGGCGGCAACCAAGCCACCGCCUGCGGUCGCGCCUCCUUCACGUCCCCCACUACCCAAGAUGUAGCCGUCAGUAUGAUCGGCGCCGUCGGAGCGAACGAUCCCUACUACGCGACUCUGCUCAAGCCCGCGCUGGAGAAAUCCGGCGUGAGCACAGCGACCAUCGAGCAGUCCGAAACUGCGCAGACUGGGUCGGCGACGAUCAUCGUUGAAGAAGCGGCCGGCGGCGAGAACCGCAUUCUGGUCGUGCCGGGUGCGAAUCACGCUGGUCUAAUGAAGGAUACAUCGGCGAUUGUGCGGACCGUGCAACAGCAGGAGAUCAAGGCUGGGGUUGUGGUACUGCAGGGCGAGAUUCCGCGCAAGACGACUCUGGAACUGCUGGAACAUUAUAAUGGGGCGGAUGGGAAUCGGGAGCGUGUGCAUGUGGUUUUCAACCCUGCACCGGUCUAUCCGGAGGGUAUUUCUCUGGCUGCGUUGAAGAAUACUUCUGUGCUCAUCAUGAAUGAGACCGAAGCUGUUCAGAUGUCGAGAUCUAUCGCGGGCCUUCCGAUUUCGGAUUCGACGCAGUCGUCAGGAUUGGAUGACUUGCAGCCUGAGCAGCUUGCCCCUCAUUUCCAUGAUACUGCCAAUGUGCAAGUUGUGAUUAUCACGUUGGGCGCCAAGGGUGUCUAUUUCUCCACCCGGAAUGGUCGCACCGGCGCCGUGGCCGGAGUACGAGUUGCCAAGGUCGUGGAUACGACGGCAGCGGGAGAUACCUUUGUUGGAUACUUUUCAACGGCCCUAGCCCGUUUCCUUGCAAAGGGCGAGCCGCUGGAGAAGUUCGAUGAUGAGAUUGAAAAUGCCGUGAGACAGGCUAACGCAGCGGCCGCCAAAUGUGUUGCUGCGGCGGGGGCCAUGCAGAGCAUUCCAUUUGCAUAUGAAGUAAAAUAG